AUUUUGGGAUGAAUCUGAAGCUCACAUGAUGCGCCUUGAGCAAACUCUUCGUGCAGAAUGGCCGUAGAUCCAUUGGGCAGCUACAGCUCCGACAGUUCUGCGGCCCUGUCGACUGGAUCCGCGAAGAAGUGCGCAUGGCUGCUGCAGUCGGAGAUCGUUCGCAACUGGAAGCAGCUGCUGGGGGUGUGGGUCACUUUCUUUAUCACUGCGGGCAUGACGUACCACGCGCCUCCCGUGAUGCUGCCAGCGAUCAUGGCAGAGUUUGGCACGGAUCAGUAUGGCGUGUCGUGGCUGCCGGCGGUGUUCCAGCUCUGCAAAGGCGUAUUGAGCAUUCCCGGGGGAUACGCCCUGCACCACUACGGGUGCCACUUCUGUUUCAAGGCCGGCUCCGUGCUGAUCCUGGCAGCGGCGGUGUUGUACCCGCUGGCGCCCAGUCUCUGGCUGCUGGCGGGGCUGCAUGGCGUCUACGGGGCGGCGUACGACCUCUGCGGCAUGGGCCCGGUGAUCGUCUGGGCCACGACGUGGUUUCAGCGUUCGCCGGCGCUGGCGAUUGGCCUCUUGGCUUCCGCCUUCAGCACCGCCGCCAUCGUCUUCUCCCCGCUCACCGCUUCGCUAGUGCAACACCAUGGCUGGCGCUUGGCCUCCCUGCUGUGUCCGGUGCUGAUGCUUCUGGUGGCGGUGCCGGUUAGCUUCAAAGUCGUUCAGGACGGCCCGCGCCGGCACCAACGGCUGCAGGGCAGCUCCGGCCUAAGCUUCCGGCGGAGCUUGUGCCUGCCGGCCGUGUGGCAUUUGGCAUUCCUGCAGCUGUACCAGCUGUACAUCAUGAUUGCCUUGAUCAACUCCUUGGUGAUGUUCCUCAAGACCGAUGUGGGCAUGUCGCUGGAACUUAGCGGUGUUUACAGCUCCAUCGUCUUCCAAGCUGCUACGAUUAGCAAGCUGCUGAUGGGUGUUGCUAUGGACAGCGAGUUCCAGAGCCUGGCGGGGUUGCUGGGGUGUCUCCUUCUGCUCUCGGCCACGUUGAUGCCCUUGGAUCUGACGUCCGGCGGACGAACGCUGACGCACAACUGGGGCCAGCUGUUGGGCUUCGUGGUGGUCUUGGGCUUGGCUCAGGGCAUGUGCUUCAACUUGGUGUGCUCCAAAGCCGCGAAGAUGUUCGGCAGAAUGCCGGAGUACAGCAAGCUGCAGAGUUUCUUCAUGACCUUCCAGAUGAUCGGAGGCUUUCUGGGCACUCUGGUUACAGGCAAGUUGCGGGCACGGAGCGGUGACUACACACUGUCCUUCUACGUUUUCAUUGUCAUGGCGCUCCUGGGCUGCUGCCACUACCUCUGCCUGGAACGCUGCAGGUGGAAGAUGGAGGCGCGAAACGAGGUGUCCGAGCCGAUCCCGACCAUCCGGGUGAGUCCAGCGUGACCCAUUUGAGGGCCCAGCCGAAGCUCUCGCGGAAGGGGCAGGGAGGUGGGUCGGUCUUCAAUGGGGAA